AACUUCCCUUUUGGUGCAGCUCGUUGGUUUAAAUUGGGUCGUCUCGACUGAGUUUCUCAUAGGAGCCUCGUGUCAUCAUCACUAGGAAUCAUGUCUGAGUGGAGCGAAACUGAACCAGCGACCCCUGAUAUACAGGACAUGAUCGAUGAGCUCAAACCAGAAUUAGAGCGUCUGAGUGGCACAAGUUUUGAUCAUUUACACGCGGUGUCCUAUAGAAUGAAGCACGGCAGCGACGCACACACAUAUCUCAUUAAGGCACACGCUCCCCCUAAUGAGUUUAUCCACAUCAGCCUUUCCCUGCACGGAAGUCACCGAGAAGUUGCACCACCACAAACAGGUAAAACUGAGGACGAUCCACUGGAGCCUUAUUAACAGACAUUGGGAGAAUGUGGUUCUGUUAUCCAGAGAUUCUUCUGCAGACAAGAUCCUAACGACUUGAUUGGCACAACUGCUUUUAUCAAUGGACUGUUUAUAUUAGUCAGGAUAAAUGUGACGGGGAUUUUUUCUUUUAAAAACGACUUUCUUACUUUAUUUUCUUUUGCUCCCAAUAUUGUUUUAGAGUUUUAAAUGUCAUUGUUGAUCUUAAUGGUGUAAUAUAAAAUAAUGACAAUGCCUCUCUCUAACAAUCUCUAACACCCUCUA